GUGAGGACACUCAAGCUGACGGACAAUUGGUUGAAGAUUAUCAACAGCGGCGACUUGGAUAGCUACCCACUACUGCAGUACCUCGACCUUUCACACAGUCGCAUCGAAAACAUUGAAGACGAUGCACUCGGCCGACUAGAGAUAUUAGAGACGCUCUUCCUUGACCAUAAUCAGUUGGCUAAAGUGCCCAUCAGUUUGCCCACCUCAUUGGAGCAUCUAUUCCUGCAGCAUAACGAAAUCAUGGACAUACAACCGCAAUCCUUUACUGGACUCAACAAUCUACAAACGCUCGAUCUCUCGGGCAAUAAACUCUUGUACUUGCCAGCGCUGCCGUUGCCCAAAUUGCUGACACUCAAUUUACGCGCGGCCGGCCUGCGGGGCGUAAGCCAAGCCAUGGUGCAUACGUUGCCACGUUUGCGUGACCUGCUGCUCGAUGAGAAUCCAAUUAAGUGCAGCGAUUUGCUGAGCAUCGCCGAGUGGGCCAGUCCAUGUAGGAUUGUAGAGCGUAGCGGCAGUAACAAUGGCGAUGGCGGACUAAACAAAACCGAACUGGAGAGCUUUAAUUUUGAGGGUAACAGUAUUAUAGACGAUUUGGGAAAAAAUGAACAGCAGCAGCAGCAGCAGCAGAAGGGCGGUCAUAAUCGGUUUGGCUCUGGCAAGAGUGCGGGCGGACAAUUAAUUGCAUUGAGUGCAACUGCAGAUAAACUGGGUCAGCAGCGUACGGAGGACGUUGAAACGCUCGUAGAUGGCGAGGCGGCAGAGCAGCAGCUUUCAUCGGAAGAAGCAACAAAAAUCGAACUGAAACAGAAGUUUGUGCGGAUGCACAAUUUUUUCGAAAAGUUUAAGAGUAAUUGCGGUGCACAAAAACAAACGGCUGAUGGGUGGUGGCAAGCAGAGAAUGCACACACGCCCACACCUAUGUGCGCCACAGAAUUUGAAAUCGGCAGUGGCGAACCAGCAGAACGCACCGAAGUUGUGUCAGCAGGCAGCAGCGUCGAGACGAGCGAGGCAACUUUCAAUUUGCCAAACGGUUUACAAACGCAAAGCGAAAAAUCAAACGCGAAAAUGCCAACGCUGCCGAACUUGCAACAACCAGAUAGAAAUAGAGAAAAUAUGACUGGCACAGAAGCGAUAGAUGAAGAUGGUGGGGCAAGGAGAGAGACACAAGCGAACGGAAUGCAAGUUGAGACGAAGCUUUUCAAGUUUAAUCAAAAGAAUUUUACGGCUGAGAUGGCAGCGAGUCCACAAGCAGAAACUACAGCAACAACAACAAUCACACCAACAACACCUACAAAGUUAGCUGCCGAAGCGACGUUUGAUUACCAGGCAAACGCCACUCAAGCGCAUGCAACAACAAUUAGCAGAAUAAACGAAAAAGUUAAGUCAGCACGGCCAACUGGGCCAGCGUUUGCCAUGGCAUACGCAAAAGCAACACAGGCGCCAACUCAAAGAAGAACAACGCUUGCAGGACUGGAGAGACCGAAAACGCUGGCAAUGCCAACCAACGCGUCGGUAGUGGCAAAAACUUUGGGGCAAGUUGCAACUGUUGCAACAGGAAGUGGUGCGGCAACAGCAGCCAAUUUAUUGAGGCAACAAAUCACGGAAACAACAACAGUUGGCACAAAAUUUGCGUCAGCAAAGUUCACCGGAUCGGCAGCAGCAAAAUCGAUUGCGGGUGCAACAAAAGAGAUAACAACAAGUAAACAAGCGACCGCGCCCCAAAGUAUGCUUGUAAGCUUAUCGUUGCAGAAGCAAGUGGAUUCAGCAACAACAGCAGCCAUUAGUUCGAGUCAUAAUCAAGAGCAGCAACAAGAACAAACAACACAAAGCCACUCGAUAAAUGCUAAACUGGCAGCUAAGUCAUCAUUAAAUAAUACCAGAGAGAUUUCCGCAUAUCAGCAACGAGCAGUUGGUGCACAAGCCAUGCUCCCAGGCAUCGCAGCAACAACAACUGGAGGAGCUGCGAACACAACAACAAAUGCUGAUGCUGCAACAUCUGCAGCGGCAGCAGCAGCAGCAGCAACACAUGCCAGCACAGCAGUAACUAUCCAGCAGCUGCCACAUACAAUAUCGCCAUUGCACACAACAGACAGCAACUAUUACAUGACAGCAACAACAACAACAACAUCGCCAACAAUGCAAUCCAAAAUAAGCACUAAAAUAUUGCCAAUGGCAGCAAGUUUCUUGCAAAUUAAACGAGCUCAAGUAAUGCCAAGCGCCCAAAUGACUGCUCGAACAACUACUGCAACAUUUAAUGUUGAAGCAACAAUGUUGACAACAUUGGCGCAGUUGAGCGCCAGUGCUGAGCAAGCCGGUCAGACAACACAGGCGCCAACUCAAAGAAGAACAACGCUUGCAGGACUGGAGAGACCGAAAACGCUGGCAAUGCCAACCAACGCGUCGGUAGUGGCAAAAACUUUGCGGCAAGUUGCAACUGUUGCAACAGGAAGUGGUGCGGCAACAGCAGCCAAUUUAUUGAGGCAACAAAUCACGGAAACAACAACAGUUGGCACAAAAUUUGCGUCAGCAAAGUUCACCGGAUCGGCAGCAGCAAAAUCGAUUGCGGGUGCAACAAAAGAGAUAACAACAAGUAAACAAGCGACCGCGCCCCAAAGUAUGCUUGUAAGCUUAUCGUUGCAGAAGCAAGUGGAUUCAGCAACAACAGCAGCCAUUAGUUCGAGUCAUAAUCAAGAGCAGCAACAAGAACAAACAACACAAAGCCACUCGAUAAAUGCUAAACUGGCAGCUAAGUCAUCAUUAAAUAAUACCAGAGAGAUUUCCGCAUAUCAGCAACGAGCAGUUGGUGCACAAGCCAUGCUCCCAGGCAUCGCAGCAACAACAACUGGAGGAGCUGCGAACACAACAACAAAUGCUGAUGCUGCAACAUCUGCAGCGGCAGCAGCAGCAGCAGCAACACAUGCCAGCACAGCACCAACAAUGCAAUCCAAAAUAAGCACUAAAAUAUUGCCAAUGGCAGCAAGUUUCUUGCAAAUUAAACGAGCUCAAGUAAUGCCAAGCGCCCAAAUGACUGCUCGAACAACUACUGCAACAUUUAAUGUUGAAGCAACAAUGUUGACAACAUUGGCGCAGUUGAGCGCCAGUGCUGAGCAAGCCGGUCAGAGUGGGAAGGGAGAGGAUGGUUCAGAAGUUUCAAAAGCAACUGCGGUAAUAGAAACAACAAAAGUGCAAACCUCCACAACACCAACAACAACAAGAGCAACAGACGAAAAACAAACAACACAGCUGUCACAAACAACAAUACAGCCUGAGUCAAUGGCCAAACAGAAAGUAGAUAACAAUUUAACUCGAAAUGACAGCGACAAUGACGGCUAUAAAGUGCAGUCAGACAAACAAUGGCAAGAAGAAGAAGACGCAAAGAGAGGGACAGCAACAAUGGCAGCUAAACAAUUGGCGAGGGCAAAGGCGGCACAAUUUUGGCAGCAACAUAAUUUUAAACGAGCAAAUCCGUAUCCAAACGACAUUUCCGGUCAAUGGCGUCACAGCGAAGAGGAGCGCCGUUGGCAGGAGGCACAAAAUGAAAGCACUACCGAGCACAGAGUAGCUACAACAAGAGGGCCCGUUACAACAACGUCACCACCAUCACCUCACAAACACGAGCCGUUACAACUGCACAUACGAGAUCGUCAUUUAAUUGGAACACCGUUGCUCAUGCACCGUGGCGAAAAUAUGCUGGUGGAGGCGGCCGAGGCGCUCAGGCAAACGACUGUUACAGCUAAAGCAGCAUCAACAACAGCAACACACAUCACUACAACUACCAGUACGGUGCAGUCUUCAAAAGCAACAAACGAUAGUGUGUUGCAGCAGCGUACAAUGAACGACAAAGCUUUGGCCACAAGCCAACUAAUGGAAGCUGAGCAUCAAGCGAACGUCAACCUUUCAAGGGAGGAGGAAACGAAAGCGAAUCUGCUGCAGUUGAUUACAAGAACUGCAAAUAGCAAUAACUUCUCUAACACGGAACGCUCGCAAGCGGAAGCAAUAAACGUUGAGACAAAUGUGACGCCAGUACAAGAAAUUGGCAGCGAGGACCAACAACGCCCGGUGAAGCAAUACGAUAGACAUGCAGAUAAGCAAAUGUUGGCAGAAAAAGUGGUAGCCACAAAAACAACAGUAAUGGGCGCCAUAACCACUGCAGCCACUGCAACCACAACGGACAACAUAAACAUGGAACAACAUAAAGUUACAGCAAGCGGAGCGCACAAGGUGUACGCUACAGAGCGCCGAGUGCUGCCAAAAAAAUAUGACGAUAUCGCAGGUGCUGGCGUCGGAGGAAGGCACAACAAGCCCACGUUGAUUAUGAAGAAAAUGACUAUACAAACAAAGCACACGCACCACACACAAGCCCCGCUGCAACAGCACUACUCGCUUAACACGCCACGGGAAAACGAGUCGGUGUUACGUGAGCGCAGUGGUGAAGCGGUUGCGGGUGGCGUCCACGGAUUUGUAGGCAAACUUAUGAAUGCGGAAAGCGACUUGUUUGAGGAUAACAGCGCACAUAACUGGAACAGCAUCAAUGAGCAAACGGAGUUGUCCCACAAUAUGCCACAACCNCCUAAAGCAGCAUCAACAACAGCAACACACAUCACUACAACUACCAGUACGGUGCAGUCUUCAAAAGCAACAAACGAUAGUGUGUUGCAGCAGCGUACAAUGAACGACAAAGCUUUGGCCACAAGCCAACUAAUGGAAGCUGAGCAUCAAGCGAACGUCAACCUUUCAAGGGAGGAGGAAACGAAAGCGAAUCUGCUGCAGUUGAUUACAAGAACUGCAAAUAGCAAUAACUUCUCUAACACGGAACGCUCGCAAGCGGAAGCAAUAAACGUUGAGACAAAUGUGACGCCAGUACAAGAAAUUGGCAGCGAGGACCAACAACGCCCGGUGAAGCAAUACGAUAGACAUGCAGAUAAGCAAAUGUUGGCAGAAAAAGUGGUAGCCACAAAAACAACAGUAAUGGGCGCCAUAACCACUGCAGCCACUGCAACCACAACGGACAACAUAAACAUGGAACAACAUAAAGUUACAGCAAGCGGAGCGCACAAGGUGUACGCUACAGAGCGCCGAGUGCUGCCAAAAAAAUAUGACGAUAUCGCAGGUGCUGGCGUCGGAGGAAGGCACAACAAGCCCACGUUGAUUAUGAAGAAAAUGACUAUACAAACAAAGCACACGCACCACACACAAGCCCCGCUGCAACAGCACUACUCGCUUAACACGCCACGGGAAAACGAGUCGGUGUUACGUGAGCGCAGUGGUGAAGCGGUUGCGGGUGGCGUCCACGGAUUUGUAGGCAAACUUAUGAAUGCGGAAAGCGACUUGUUUGAGGAUAACAGCGCACAUAACUGGAACAGCAUCAAUGAGCAAACGGAGUUGUCCCACAAUAUGCCACAACAAAAGCACAGCACUGUGAAUACGCCCGUUAUAAGAGAUAGUCGCUUGGGCUUGCUAGCCGCAAUGCAAAGUGUACAGUUUGGUGAACAGUCAGCAGCGCAGGAAAAACUCGAUGCGCCCACAGCUCAACUCUCGAUCAGCAUGCAGAGCCGCACGCCAACACAGUCACAGCUGCACGAGCCAAUGCACGGGCAGGAGCGCGCUGCUGCGCACAUGCAAACGCAAAAAUGGUUGGACGCGCGCAAAAUCGGAACGGGUACAGCGCAUCCAGGCGUGGUAAUUUUACUCUCUUUCUCGCUACUCGCUGUACUUCUGGUCGGCCUAAUGCAUGUCUAUCGCUGUGAUGUGUUGCCAUGGAGGCGCCAUUUGCUCGCCCAUCAGCAGCGACCGCAUCAUCAGCGACAAUUUAAUGCCACCGCAGACGAUGAUGUGCACAGCUUUUUGCAUUACCACAACAAUGGCGGCGGUGAGCAGCAGCAGCAGCAGUGUACGCAACAACCGCCGCGCUGGCAUCACGGCACGCGGUCACGCGCGCCCUACAGCUCGCCGCUACACAAUUUGCAUGUGCGCGAGUUGCAAAAGACUUCAGCUGUGGAGCUCGAGGUAGCAGCACGCGUGACGCGCAGCUAUUAUGAUGUUAGACCAUAUGCAAGGAGCACUACAGCGCCGCGGCGCAAUGACAGCACGGGCAGUAGUGCCAGCGGCGGCAGUGGCGAGGCAUCGCGCAACAGCAGCAGCAGCCUGAGCAGCACACAUUCCUCAUCCACGGCGGGCAUAUUAGAGGCGGCAGAUGAUGCUUUCUAUGUGGAAAUGGCGGCAGAAUGUGGUCAAAUGACUGGCUGUAGUAGCGUAAAUGAUUCACAACAUUGUGACAUGUUGCCGAUGGAGCUGUUGGCGAUGACGUCGGCGGGCAAGCGAAAUAAUGGCAAUGAUGCAGAUGCGGCAGUACAUGAGACAGCGAGUUUGCGGUUGGGUGGCACGGACGUUGAAGAAAAAAUUACCGGCGCAGUGAUAGGGGCUAAGGCGGGAAAGCAAGUAACAAAGGCGCGCGACAACAGUGGUAUCAGCGCGCUGCAGGCCAAUGGCUGUAGGAGCAAAGUGCGCUCGAAUACGGCAUCUUACGUAGCACCGUCAUCGUCCACGCGUAAAUUUGACUUGUGGUGACAAUCGAUGUUUCAGCGCCAAUAUGCGCCAUUC